AUGGCGUCCCCCCAGCCAGAACAGCAGCAUCCGUGCACCUCGGAACACAAGGAUGUCCCAGACAGAUGCCUCCUUAUGGCAUGUUCAACAGCCGGCGGUGGGCCGUUUCAAGAGCUGAUUCCGAUUCGCGACGAUGAGAUACUCAAGAUUGGGCGUGACCCAGCUUCCGACUGCUGCAUCACGAACGAUCUGGACCAUGUUGUGUCUCGAAAGCACUGCGAAAUUUACGUCGUGGCGUAUGAUCAAUCAGACAGCCUCGUUUACGUGCGCGACCGCACUUCACGCAACGGAACUUACAUCAAUAGCGUGCAGAUUGGCAAAGGGGAGGGUCUUUCUUCCGGGUACCUCUUGCAACACGGAGAUGUGAUCAAUAUUGUGCCAUACUGGUCCUUCACGUUCUGCGACAAGCGGGCCGAGAAGCGCCAUGCCCUCACCGAGAUCCAGCAGGCCGAGUGCAAGCUGUUCCGGGAUAAAUACGUCAUUGCCCAGCGUUGUCUUGGCCAAGGCGCAGACGGAGUUGUGUAUCUAGCGACCGAAAACGAAGCGAAGAAGCAGUUGGUGUGCAAAGUGGUCAGCCUCAAGCAGCCUCGGACCAGCAAGAAACCAGCGGAGCUGCGACGCAAGCUGCAGGAAGCUGAUGUGCUUCGGCAGCUUCAGCACCCAAACAUCGUCCCCUAUGUCGACGCCAUCAUAUCGCCUUACACGUUGUAUACCUUCACCGAACUUGCGACGGGCGGUGAUUUGUGGUCUUUCAUCUAUCGCCACGGCAAGGGCGACGCCAUUGGCGAGUACGAAACGCGCGUUAUCGCUCGCCAGGUGGUUCGCGGUCUGCAGUAUCUCCACACGAAGGGCGUCGUUCAUCGCGACUUGAAGCCCGAAAACAUCCUCCUCGCCUAUUCUCCGAAGAUCAACUGCCACCGGGUCAUGCUGUCGGAUUUUGGAGCUUAUGCAGUUCCCAGUCGGAGCAGAAUGGUCACCUGCGCCGGCACGCCAAACUACCAGGCGCCGGAGAUGCGUUCCGGGGCCCAUUCGCAGACAUCGGCGGUCGAUAUUUGGUCGCUUGGUAUCGUCGUGCACAUGAUGCUAACACACAACUCGCAUUUCGAUGCGGAUGGCGUUGACGGAUCGGUCCAAGAGGAUUCCGACACGUCCCAGGACGGCCAAGUCCUCGGAAUGGGCAGGUUUUCUCCCCACUGCGAGAACUUUGUGUGGCGCUGCCUCCAGGUACUGCCCUCGGAUCGCAUGUCCGCCAUGGAGGCGCAGUGCCACGAUUGGCUCUGCAAGCCCGAGUGGCUUUGCGAAAGGUUCCGAGAACUUGAUCGAAGAAGCAUGGCUGACUGGAAGCCGCCGGCACAGCUGAAGCCCAUGCCGAUGGAGCUGCCUGAUGUGAUUGCCGGAGUCGGCGUUUCUUACUACGACAGCAGAGCAACACGACCAAGUGACUGUCUGCGCCCCUCUGACAACUCCGAACCGAUGGAAGAGCCGUCUCAGUAUUUCUGUCCUGGGGUGCGGCCUCCAGCAAUCGCACAAGCCGAACAGUGUCUUGACGUGGAACCGACUGAUUGCCCCAUGGACUCUCGAAUGAACAGUCUGCUGACAGAGACUAAUCCAAUUGACAUGGCAAACGGCUCUCCGAAGAGAGUGUCUGGUGGCGGAGCCUCUCCAUUUACACCCGCGGUAGUCAAGCCGGUGGCCGUGCGAGUGGCAGGUGCCAAGGUGAGGAUACAAGAUGCUUCAUGCCUAACGGUGUCCAACUGGAAGAAGACGCAUCCUGCAUUUGACGCCAACGAACGCUAA